AUGCCGCUAGGCCAAGAACACCUGGCACAAUCGGCGGAGGAAUCGUUCCUCUUCCCAAACGGGCCGGUUGAGCAUAACCGCCAACUGGGCCUCGCAGAAGUUGAGAAAUUCCUGCAAAAGUACGAACGCCUCCAGGCUCACUGGCAAGUUCUCAAGGACUGUGCUAUAGAGAUAAUCAAGGCCAAGAUGAAAGAAAAGGAUAUUCGCGGGCAAGUGACGGGUCGGGUCAAAGACAUCAAAUCACUGAAGGCGAAGCUGGAGCAGAGGAACUCCCGCGCUCCAUACAAAGACGACGAGGCGAUCCUCAACGACGGGCUGGAUUUCGUUGGUCUCCGCAUCGCCCUAUAUCUUCCUGAUGAUCAGCCAAAAGUCGAGCUCCUCCUCAAAGAGGCGUUCGUGUAUGAGUCCACCACGACCUUUGAUCGGGAUUGGGAUUAUGGAAGGCCCCAAGCCUACCGCAAAAGGUUUGGCGAGUACGCAGCCGACCAUGUCUGGGUCAAACUCAACAAGGGCGGGCAGCUUCAAUACUACAAAAUGUUCAAGGACUACCAGCGCGAUGCCAUAACAGGUACUAGUAUCAUAUAUCAAUCACAGCCUCUCGAGGUCCAGCUGCGAUCUGUCCUAAUGGAUGCAUGGGCGAACAUAAGCCACUUUUUGGAGUAUAAACACUUGGACGGUGCUCCGUCCGGAAAAGAGAUGCAGCUGCUCGACGCUAUCAAAGGACAGGUCGAAGGCGCCGAAAUCCUAAUUGAUGUCCUGCAUCAAGAGCAUAACAAGAGAAUUAAUAACAACAAGAGACGUAUUGAUUCUGUUGAAGACGUCAAUGAUAUUGUCACGGAAUACAUUCCCGCGGACUUACUGCGCAAAAUCCCCCGCGGAGACAUGGAGCUACUUUUGAAAGUUCUCCAGACUCUCGACCACGCAACUCCGUACAAGUUACGGAAACUCAUGGCAGAAGUCAGCGUUUCCUAA